CUGGCUCCGCAUCGACACGCGCAGCGCCCAACAAGUUUUCGCAGACAUGGCAAAAGCAGUGAACUGCGGCAAUACACCAUUUGAUGAGAGCGAUGACGAGCCUGUGUUCCCGGGUUACAACUUCAAAAAGCCAAUCGUCACAUACGCGGGAUCUCGAAAGAAGAAAGUCGCAGCAUUCAAAGGAGAGGCAACAAACACAGCACAAGCGGAGCCAAAGGACAAGAAACAAGGCGUCACAUUUGGGGGAUCUACAAAUAAGAAAGACGCGACAUCCGAAGGAAAGGCGCCACGCUUCGUCCGACUAGACUACACUGUGGCAAGCAACUCUUCCGCAAAAGCUGAUCAAACUAUCGAAGAAUAUCGUUGCCCUUCUGACUCAGAUGAGGAAGACGACUCUCCCUGCUGCAGUAUCUGCAAGGCGUCUGUGGACAGCUGUGCCAAACAAGAUUUCGAGGACCUGAACGCAGGAUGUAUUUGGAACUACAAGACCCAAGUUAGGUUUUGUAAAUGGCACUCAAGCAAGACCGCACGGGAAACGUGGCGCCAACGAGGCUACCCUGAACUUGAUUGGAAGUACCUCCCGGCACGUAUGCACAGACACCUAGACUUCUUGUCGGAGGUUCUGAAUGGCCAGGUUGAGUCGUAUCAUCGCGCCAAGUUACAAGAGCAGCAAGGAUCACACCACAUUGGGUCAAAGGAGAAACAGGCUGCAAAGUCACAACAGAUGUUGAAAAUGGCCGAUAAGCCAAUAAUGGGAUACUACGGCCCCAAGGGUGAACGUGUCAUUACCGCCUUCGUUACUGAGAAUCUCGCGAGAGAUCUCGCCAUACAUUCUACCCAGGACAAGAUCUUUCAUGCACCAGGCGUACAAGGCGGUGUAUGCACUGUUGUCGAAUGGGUCCUGGCUCCCCACAUGGUAGAGCUGCUCGUCAAAGAAGAUCUGAAACUCAUGCAAAGCGAUUGGGACGCCCACGCCCGAGCGAUCUUGGCUGACAGCACAGCAAUUGGGGAGUUGUUGUGUCUGGAAGACAAUCCCUAAUCGACGUAAAAUUGGCGGAAGGGUUCGUCUAGAUGACGCUUCUUGGCUAUUCCAGCAUGCGUUCGCUUCAACUCUCUUGCCAAAGUUCAGUCUAGUUUGGAGCUUUCGCGUGAUCGUUUUAAGAGCGGAAGGUGGGUGGCGGGAUGUUUGGUCCAAAAGGCUUUACACAACCCAUGUGGAUGACAAGGCAAGGUCGAUCGCAGAUUGCAUGCGUGGCAGGGCUGAUGAGACAGAUGAGAAAG